AGAUGAUUCUCCAGGCACCAACACGAGCCAUCAACCGAAGGAGAAAAAAAAACACGAAGCUAAAAUAAAAAAUAAAAUAAAAAUGGGAGCCUUAACAGGACUCCUAUGGACCAUAUCCGUGGCGGUUUUGAUCGCGGUCGCGGCCGCGGCCGAGGCCGAGACGAAAUGGCCGGGGAAGUGGGAGAUGUUCGUGAAGAACUCGGGAGUUUCGGGAAUGCACGCGGCCUUGAUGCCUAACAACAAGGUUCUGUACUACGACUCCACCAUCUGGAGAACCUCGCAGAUCAAACUGCCCAAGGGCGUGCCUUGCCACGUCUACGACCCCAAGAAACCGGCCGACUGCUUUGCUCACUCCGUCCUCCUCGACGUCAACACCGGCGCCCUUAGGCCUCUUCUGUUAACCACGGACACAUGGUGCUCGUCGGGAGGUUUGACGAAGAACGGGACGUUGAUUAGCACUGGAGGAUACCAAGGAGGAGGCAGAACGACGAGGUACCUAGGCACUUGCGACAACUGCGAGUGGAACGAGUACCCGACGGCUCUUGCAACCAAGAGAUGGUACUCGACUCAAGCCACCCUCCCCGACGGCUCGUUCGUCGUGUUCGGCGGCCGAGAGACCCACAACUACGAGUACAUUCCCCGAGAAGGAAGGAUGAACACCAAGCUUUUCGACUUGGCUUUGCUUAAAGAAACACUCGAGAAGGAUGAGAACAAUCUCUACCCUUUCGUUUGGCUCAACACCGACGGAAAUCUAUUCAUUUUUGCCAACGAUCGAGCUAUCCUCCUCAACCCGGGAACCAACGCUGUCUUGAAAGAGUUCCCGAAGAUCCCUGGCGGCGCACGUAGCUUUCCGGGCUCCGGAAGCUCGGCUCUACUCCCUAUCCGUCUAGGUGUUGUUAACCCGGAUGUCAUCCCGGCCGAGGUUAUCAUCUGCGGUGGCGGAAAUAAAGAAGCCAUGUUUCGCACUAAUACCAGGAGAAUCUACGAGCCCGCAUUGCAAGACUGCGGAAGAAUCGACAUAAACAGCCCUAACCCUCAAUGGGAAAUCGAGAUGAUGCCUACUCGACGUAUAAUGGGUGACGCCGUGAUCCUCCCCACGGGCGAUAUCCUCUUCAUCAAUGGUGCAAGGCGUGGAGCCGCGGGUUUUAACUAUGCUAAGGAUCCUAACUACAUUCCCCUCUUGUACUCUCCCGACCGCAACAUCAGCCAACGCUUCACAGAACUCGCACGGGCUACCAUCCCACGCAUGUACCACUCGACCGCUAUCGCUCUCCCCGAUGGUAAGGUCUUGGUCGGCGGUAGCAACACAAACGAUGGAUACUUCUACAACGUCGAGUUCAGUACCGAGCUCCGGGUCGAGAAAUUCUCCCCGCCUUAUCUGGACCCGGCUCUAUCCAACCUCAGACCGACGAUCGUGGCCUCGGGCACGCCCAAACAGGUCAGGUUCAGGAGGAAGUUCACCGUGAAGAUUGAGCUGAAACAAGCGAACGUGGUGAAGGAGGAUCUGAAAAUUACAAUGCUGGCACCAUCUUUCACUACGCAUGCCGUUUCGAUGAACAUGAGGAUGUUGGUGUUGGGGCUGAAUGACGUUAAAAGCAAUGUGAAUCCAGGCGUUCAUCACGUUCAAGUCUACGCGCCGCCGAACAGAAACAUCGCGCCGCCCGGUUACUAUCUGAUCUUCGCCGUCUACAGGGGUGUCCCCAGUGUCGGAGAAUGGAUUCAACUCGUCUAAAAGAUUGGUAAUGACGGCCAUCCUUUUCUCUUUUUUCCCGGAAGCCCAAAUGAUCGAUUCAAGGCUUCCUCUUUGGUCCAUGUUUUCCCUCCCUUCCAUUGUGUGGUAAUUCUUUGAUUCUUUUGUGGCGACCUUAACACAAAAAUAAUUUUUAUUUUUAAAAUAAUGAUGAGAUAUUUGAUCCUUGAGCCUCAA